AUGAAGAAGAGGUCAAGUGCUGAAUACAGUGCGGUCCUAUCAGAUGCUACUGGAGAUUUGGGCUGUUUUGGUUUUAUUCUAUUGGGGUUAUCCUACUUGUUGGUAAUUGUAACAUUUCCCCUUUCAUUAUGCUUUACUACUCGGGUUAUUGCUGAAUAUGAACGAGCCGUUAUAUUUCGUUUGGGUCGAAUACUUCCUGGUGGUGCUAAAGGUCCAGGUUUAUUUUUUGUUGUACCAUGUAUGGAUCGUAUGCGUAAAGUGGAUUUAAGAACAGUAACAUUUGAUGUUCCACCACAAGAAGUACUUACUCGUGACUCUGUAACUGUUGCUGUAGAUGCUGUUGUUUAUUAUCGUAUUUAUAAUCCAGUUGUUGCAAUUACAAAUGUUGAAGAUGCUGAUCGAUCAACUCGUCUUCUUGCAGCAACUACUUUAAGAAAUGUAUUAGGUACAAAAAAUUUAUCUGAAAUUUUAUCCGAACGAGAUACAAUCUCUGGUAUGAUGCAAACCAUGUUGGAUGAAGCUACAGAUCCUUGGGGUGUGAAAGUUGAACGUGUUGAAGUUAAAGAUGUACGUCUUCCUGUUCAAUUACAGCGUGCCAUGGCAGCAGAAGCUGAAGCUGCUAGAGAAGCUCGAGCUAAGGUUAUUGCUGCUGAAGGUGAAUGGAAAGCAUCACGUGCAUUGAAAGAAGCUGCAGAUGUCAUUACAGAAUCACCAUUCGCUGUCCAAUUAAGAUAUCUUCAAACAUUAAGUACUAUAUCAGCUGAAAAAAAUUCUACUAUAAUAUUUCCAUUACCAGUUGAUUUAGUGACACAUUUUAUGCAUAAUAAUCAUGGAUCAAAUAAUACUGUCAAUAAAACUAAUAGUCAAAAUAAAACAAAAAUUACACCUCCACCUCGUCUAAGUAUUGGAACUAGUUCAACCACUUCAGGUGGAAUGAUGACAGUAGUACCAUCAUUAAAUGAAUUCACAUCAUCAACAGUUAAAGAUCAAUCAGUUAUUGAUAACAAUAAUAAUCAAUUCAAUGUUUAAAUAGUC